GCAGCUAGGCCUCACCAUGCACCGCUGUUACUCGGGACAUGGGAGAGCGCCUUUCAGUUUCCAAUAACCGAAAAAGCUCAUCGAAAAUAUGACACAUUUAGCAAAGCUUGCAUGAAGAAUCCCUUCAUUUAUUGGAAACAGCGCACGAGAAGGCGGUGGACAGGUGAGCACGCUUCAAUGACAUUGUUGAAGUCACUGAACAGGUAGACCCUGAACAGGUAUGCGACGGGCGAUAAGGUUUAGUGCGGAGAUACAGGGGUUAAACAACUGUACAACAUAGAGAAAAAUCAAAACAAUACGAGUGACUAUAGAGUGUACAUUACAAAAAAAAAAUUGUUUUAAUCUGAGACUACGGAUUAACGAUCUAGUGAGGAUUGCAGAAAACGAAAAGCCUCUUGUUGAUUUAUACUACAGGUGAUAUUUUCAAGCUAACACCCAGCAAUCUAUACCGUUAUAAUAAAGAUGUCGAAUGAUGUUCAGUUAACCAAUAUGAAGCAGAUUGAUGACGCCCCAGAGAAUAAGCAUCAACCUUCAAAGCCUAAUAUAAACGAUGCCUAUGUUGAUUCUAUAGAAUCUUUAGAUAAAGUUGAUGAAGAUGAUGUUAGACAGAGAAAUGGUGGAGAUGUUGUUAAAGAUGUAGAAAAACAAAAAGCAUAUGAUAGUGUUGACGAUGUCGAAAAUGACAAUUCAAAUGACUAUAACAUGUGUUCACGUCAAGUUUUAACCAUACAAUCGGCCGUUGUCAACUUAUAUACAAAUAAUGAAAAAUGGAUUUGGAGAGUUUUUUAUAUACUACUUGCGAUUCUUUUUGUGAUUUAUUUUGCUUUUGCGAUGAAUUAUCAUUUUGGAGAUGAAGGAUCUUAUCGUUUACUUGGAUAUACAGUCCUGGGUGUAUUUUUGUUAUUCAUGUAUUUUGCCGGGCCUUAUAUAUAUCCAGCUAUAUCUCGGUGUACUGAAGUGUUUGAUGGUAAAAACAGCGCAAGGAAUGCAAGAAUAAUAAGAUGGCUUUUAUAUAUCAUAGCAACCGUUAGUAUUAUUACAACAUUAAUUAUAUAUGUUGUCCUGGAAACACCAGAUAAUCUCAAGUCUUUAGGUGGAUUAGCAGCUUUCUUAUUCAUCACCUAUAUUACAUCAGUAAAUCCUGCCAAGGUCAACUGGCAUCCAAUUUUCUGGGGUUUAGCUCUUCAAUAUUUCUUUGCUCUGAUCAUAUUGAGAACACAACCUGGUUACGAGCUGUUUAAUUGGCUUGGUGAUAGAGUAACAGAAUUUUUAGGAUACACAGAUGCUGGUUCUGAAUUUGUCUUUGGGUCGAAUUUUAAAGAUCAUUUCUUUGCUUUUAAGGUGAUGCCAGUUGUGACGUUUUUCAGUACAUUUAUAGCUAUCACAUAUUAUCUAGGUAUCAUGCAGGCGAUCGUUAGAGUAUUUGGCAGAUUUCUUAGUUUUUGUUUAGGAACAACACCUGCGGAAUCACUGAAUGCUGCUGGAAAUAUCUUUGUUGGUAUGACAGAGGCACCUUUGAUGAUUAAACCAUUUUUACCUAUUAUGACAUUAUCAGAACUACAUGCAGUAAUGACAGGUGGAUUUGCUACUAUAGCUGGCAGUGUGUUCGGAGCUUAUCUGAGCUAUGGGGUGCCAGGAAAUCAUUUAUUGUCUGCAUCUGUAAUGUCAGCACCAGCAGCUCUGGCUAUAUCUAAACUCACCUAUCCUGAAACCCAGAAAACACAAUCCUCUGAUGAUGAUUAUGACAAAAUGGUGAAAGGGAAAGAAAGGAACGUGAUAGAAGCUGCAUCUGCAGGGGCAUCGUUAUCAAUCCAACUUAUAGCAAAUAUUGUUGUUAAUCUCAUUGCCUUUCUUGCUUUAUUAGAAUUUGUAAAUGCUUGUUUAACAUGGGCUGGUAAUCGUGUUGGAUGGGAAGGUAUUACCUUUCAGUUUAUUUGUUCCUAUGUGUUGUACCCAGUUGCUUUGUUUAUGGGAACAGAAUUUGCUGACUGUCGCCAGGUUGCUAAAUUGAUUGGAAUUAAAACAUUUACGAAUGAAUUUAUUGCCUAUGAAGCACUGUCUGUUCAUUUAAAAAAUAAAGUUAACUACACAAAUUAUAUCUCCGCUUUUCCUAAUAUAACAGAGACAGAUUUAUGGGAAGCCAGAGGUGAUGACAUUUUUUUAAUAAACAUCAAUGAAACUCUGAAAGGUGGCAUCAUGUCUGAAAGGUCAGAAAUUAUAUCCACUUAUUCUCUGUGUGGUUUUUCUAAUAUUGGUUCAAUGGGAAUAUUAUUGGGUGGAUUAUCUGCCCUUGCUCCAGAAAGAAGAUCAGAUUUAUCAUCUAUCGUACUACGAGCUAUGAUAGCAGGAAAUAUAGCUUGUUUCCUUACAGCUUGUAUUGCAGGUCUGUUCUUCCAGCCAGUGGCAUCUUUAUAAGAUCCGCUUUGGAAAUUCGUUGAAAAUUGUGAUCAGCAAUACCUGAAUAUGUCAAAAAGAAAUAUAUUUGAACUAGUGCUGAAUGUGAAAUUAAAACAAAGCCUACCGGUAUAUAACAAGAAAAUUAAUUUCUAGGCUCAUUGUCUUUCAAAUUCAUAUUUUAUUUCAUUAUUAAAUAUUUCAUAAAAUACAUAUGUACUGUACAUAUAAGAAACUUAUUCAAGAUAAUUUUUAAUAUCCAAUAUUAUUCUAAAUGAUUAUAAAUUGUUUUUUGAAUAUUUUGAUUUUUGAAAUAUUUUUGUUUUGAAAUAAUUUGAUAUUUUAAAUGUUUUUAGUAUUUAACAUAUGGAUAUUGGAUUUCAUAUUUUAGUUUAAGUAUUAGAUUUCUGAAUGAUCCGAAGAUAUCAUUUGCUGUAUCAUUUUGGUAUUUUUUUAGAUUUUAUAAUAACAAUGAUAUUUUUAUAUGACAGGUUAGCUGAUAUUUUAAAAAUAGGGCGUUUUAGUUUAUACAUGACAAAUUAAAAUUUAUAGUCUUACUGCUGGCAAUAUGUUUAAUAAACAGAUAAAUAUAUGAUUAGUUUAUAGUUCUGAUUUGCAAGGUGGUGGUGAUGAUAAUUUUCAGUAGCCUGGGCAUCGUCUCAAGACAAGUUACAAUUUAUGAUAUUGUAAUACGAUAUGCAGUACAUUGUACUACCCUGCCAAAUAACUACCGCAAUAUCAAUUUGCGAACAUUGCAAUAAAUUCAACUAACCACAGCCUAAUUUUCGUCAAUGGUUUAAUGUAAAUCAGCUGUUUCCAUGUAAAUUUUAUUUAAAAUUUGAAAGCAAGAUAAUACGUGAUAGCCAUCACUUGACAUUUUUGUCGAGGAAAUCCAUGUUUAAAUGUGCAUUACCAUGGACCCUAUAAUACAUGUUCAUGUUACUUUGACUCCUGAAUAUUGCCUUGUAGGACAAAGCAGUCACUUAAUUGACUAUCAUAAAAUUUGAAUAAUUAAUUCUAAAGAUCUGCUCAUGCAUAUAAAUGAGGCAAUGUGAAAAUAAAGUUUUUUUCACUGAUUAUGGGUAUAUAAAUCUCUGUUUAACAAUAAGAGUGCUAAUUGACUGGGACUACAUAUUUUAUCUGUAUAAAUGAUUAUAAUUAUUUCAAGUGAAAUCUAUGUUCUUUAAACAGAUUGACUGGUACAUUUAGUACAUCCAUUAUUUUUAUAUAUAAAGAUUAUAUGAAAAAUAAUAUAUAGAGGAUAUUUGACGUUUUAGAGUGAAUAACAUAUUGUAUUUCAUCGAGAAGCAAGAAAACUUAUAUUUUCACGAAUGCGUAGCAUGAGUGAAAAUAUAAACGUUUUCUUGCUUAGAGAUGAAAUAAAAUAUGUUAUUCACGACAAAACGACAAAUGUUCUAUUUAUUUUAUGAUUUUACACUCAUUUUAGGUAAAAACAACUAGCCAGUGGAAUAACACUUUUAUUUCACUGAUAAAACGCGGUAUUCCACUACUGAUCAUAAAAUAAAUAAUUAGGUUAUGUUAUAAAUCUGUUAUAUUUCAUUUUUCCAUAUCAAGUCAUUAAAGUACUUUGCUCAUAAACCCUCAGUUAAACACAUUCAAUUGAAAUUUUAAAUAAAUUUUUGUCUUUUUUAUUAAUUAUAUUAUCUAAUAAAAUGUUAAAUACAAAAUUUGAUGUUUUUCAUUUAAUUUGUAUUUACAUAUCAUCUCAUGCAUGUUUAUUUGUAAAUAACGUAUUUUAACAUACUUUUAUAUUAUAUAUCAACAUUUCUAAUAAAGUUAUUUUUUCCUAAA